CAUGCAGAGGCUGACCUCUCUGACCUUCUCCCGCUCGGAGGACAACCUCCUGCAGCGAGUCCACGGCGAGGAAAACCCCGUGUCCCACACGCACUCUUUCAAUUCUGAGUCCCAGGAACUGGACUGCACGGACGUAGACCCGUCCUCUCUGGCUCACAGCCAGAGCCUGUCGGAGCUGCGGCGGAACGGCUUCAACCGCUCCGAAGACUGCCUGAGCUCCAGCAUGCCCUCCGACAAACUGCAGGCCAGCCUGAGCCGGGCCGAGGCCAUGCUCAACCGUAAGACACAAGAAGUGCCGGAUGGGGAGACGGCGCCAUCUAGCAGAGCAGAUGGUAAAUGCGAGACGACGACGACAACGACGACGACAGAGGACACGAAUUCACCCAAAAACAAAAAGAGGAAAUCUCCAGCCCAGCACAAGAAGCUAACGUUAGCUCAGCUUUACAAGAUACGCACCACUCUUGUUCUAAACUCCACGCUGACGGCAUCGGAGGUAUAACUUUUCCAAACGGCAGAGCGACAUCAACAUCACAAGGGUUGGCGCUUGUUUUGUUUGGAUGGACUGAUUUUCUAUAGACACAGCUGCACUCUUUGUCACACUGCCCUCUCCCUUGCAGUUGCUAUUCUGGACAUUUUUAUUUAUACAUUAACAAUCACUUAGUUGUUUUUUUUUUAAAUAUUUCAUUGGUUUUUGGACUCCUCAAACAAAAAGGGAGGGGACAUUAACUGCCUGCACUUUGCAAGAGAAGUAGCACUGGAGGGUUGGAACCUGCAGCGAGGAGACGUCCAGGCGGAGGUCCGACAGCCUCGUCCCGGCACUCCACACAGGAGACAUGGAACUCUUCCCUUCCUCUCACGCACGAGUUGAAGAAAGAGACACCAAAUCUUGAAUACGCUUGUGUGUUGGCAAGAAAAAACAAAAAAAUACCUGGACACUUGUAUUGCUCCUGAUUUGCUUCAACAAAGGAAAUUAUUGCACAGUUUUAAGUACAAAACAAAGAAGUGAAAUUUUCAGCCAUGUAAUGAGUCGCUUGCGUAUGAUGCGUUUUCUAUUCUUGACUGAACCGAAACUGAUCUCCGUCUCCUUUGAUUAUGCAAACCCACCCAGAGAUGGGAGGACUGUGUAAAAACUAAAAACAAAAACAACCACAAAAAAAGCAGUCCAAAUAAGCCAAUCGCAUUUCAGCUUAAUUUCAACUUUGUGUUUACUGUUCGCGUUUUUUGCUGAACUGAUGACUAAAAAUGGGUGACUGAAGCCAUUUUGGUAUUUUUUUUUCUGCACUAUACAUGUUUCGACUUGAGGCGCACACAAGAAAAAUGAAAAUGGAUUCACAAGAAGAGAGGAAAGUCUCACUACACAUGCUUCUUUCUGAGUAAUGUUAGCAGGUUGAAGAAUGAGGUUUGUGGUGAUUAUUCUGCAGAGCUUUAGCUGAACAACUUUCUCCAGAAGAUAAAAACAAAAGCUUUUCAGAUCAGUAACUGUUUAUUUUUUGCCCAAACCAAAUAGGUAAAUGAAAUUGUUUACUUCUGUUUUUUUUGUCUGUGUGUAAUAUUUAUUACCCCUGCUAUGUUUUAUAUAUAAGAUUUUGUUUAUGUUUGCUUUCAUGAUUUGUAAAUGGUUUUUGUUAAUAUUUUGGUUUUUUUGUCAUGUCAGGCAUUAACAUGCCAAGAACCAAAAUCAUGUCUUUUCUUUCAGGAAUGACUACAAAGUGUCUUAUGAAAUAAUAAAAAAAACCCUACAAAAUACCU